AUGCAACGCUUCAAGUUCUUAAACCGCAAAAAUGACCAGCGCGUCCAAAAAUGCUUUUACAAGUGCAGCGCGAACCACCGAAUUACGAAAAUCGUGAGGGAGGUGUAUCUUCGAAACGACAUAAGUUGUGGAGUAGAGAGAUGUAACGUAUGCGAAAAUAAAAACAAAAAAAAGUACCUAGAUGGAGAGAGAAGUAUUCUUAUCCUAGACAUAAACACCAUAGUAAAAUAUAUAGACUUCUUAUACGAGUGCAAUGUGGAUAAUAUAUUAAUCCCUCUGACGAUGUAUGAACAUGUGAGGACCUUUAAUAAAAUUUUGCAUAAGAAGCUACACGAGUUGUGUUACGAGACAGAAGAUAGUAAUGCCUGUAGUAGGAAGCGAUACAGCGUCUUUGCGAACAAAUUUUGUAAAUUUACCUACGUGGAUGAUAAUGCAGAUCUGUCCACGAAGCAAGUUCAAGAAAUUAUAAAAAUGGUUAUAUGGGUUAAGCAACAUAAUGCUAACCUGAAAUUAAUCGUCCUAAGUAAUAAUAAAUUUUUAAAAGAUGAUUGCUUGAAAAAUGACAUUUCUUGUUUUAGUAUGUAUGAAUAUGUAAAGGGGUUAAGAAGGGAGAGGACAAAACAAGAUGAUGCACAUGGUGCCAUCAACUUGGACACAUUAAAAAUGUAUUUCGAAGAAGACAUACUAAUGGAUGAGCAGCAUAGCAAGGGGGAAGGUGUGGACAAUGGCCAAGAAGAUUCUAAUGAGGAUACAUACCCCAUGGCAGAAAGCAAACGAAUAUUCGAACCCCACUUGGAUAAAAAGGAAAUGAUUCAAAGGCUUAGGGAUCAGCUCAUUGUGAAAGGCAUUUUCCAAGUCAUUUGCGUUAAUAAAAUGGCUCUAGUAAAAAUUACAGAAACGGAUGAAGUUCUUAUAAGGGGGUCUAAACACAUGAACAGAGCACUACACAAUGAUGUGGUGGCGGUGCAGAUUUUGGAGUAUGGUGAGGCGGGGGAACUGUCCGGGCAGGAGGAGGAAGACUACUUCGAGGAGGUCAUCAGUCCGGAGGAAGAGCAAGAGGAGGAGAAGCAGCAGGAGGAACAUUUUGACGCGGGGCCAAAUAGAAGAAACGAAGAGGAGAACCCCCCAAUAAACAACGCCAGGAAGGGCAAAGUGUACGGAAAGGUAGUCGGAAUUAUUAGCAGAGGAAGAAAAGAAUAUGGAGGAGUGAUAAAGGCAUAUGAAAAGGAACAAAGUGCACACAGGAAGAAAAUUUUAUUCUUUAAAGCCUUUAAUAACAAGGUACCUUAUGUUAUAAUAAAGAGCAGCAUAGGGGAAGAGCUAAAGAAUAAAAGAGUAAUUGCGGUCAUUGACAAAUGGGAUUAUAAUUCCAAGUACCCAUUGGGGAGGUGCCUAUCUGUGUUAGGAAUAUGCGAUGAUGUUGAGACGGAAACGAAACUGAUUUAUAAUGAAUAUAACAUAUCGACCAAAGAGUUUAGCGAAAGUGCUUACAAGUGCCUACCUCCAAAUGAUUGGGUAAUCCCAGAGGAGGAAUAUGUUAACAGGACAGAUUUUAGGGAUGUGCUAACGUUUAGUAUUGACCCCCCAGGUUGUGAAGAUAUUGAUGAUGCGUUAUCCGUGCAAGUGUUGGAGGAGCAGAAGAUUAUUGAAGUAGGAGUACACAUAGCAGAUGUGUCUUACUUUGUAAAGCAGAAUAGUGCACUAGAUUUAGAAGCCUCCAAAAGAUGCACAACUGUUUAUUUAAUAAAUCAGCGUGUUGAAAUGCUUCCAAAAUUACUGACCACAGAUUUAUGUUCCUUAGUAGAAGGUCAAGACAGACUGACCUAUAGCUGUAUCUUCUCAUUUGAUAUGAAUUACGAAAUUAGGGAUAUAAAAGUGAGUAAGUGUAUAAUCAGAAGUAACAAAUCUUUUUCAUAUGAGCAAGCACAGAACGUGAUUGAUGACAAGGAAGAUUCUUCCCCCACGGCGGAGGCGCUAAGAUUACUUAACAACAUCGCGAAGCAUUUGAAGAAAAAGUGGCUAAACGAAGGCGCACUGGAGUUGAGAGGAAAUUCAGAAGUACUAUUCGAAUUUGAAUCUAACGAUUUUUCAAAGACAAAAAAUUUAAAGCCAUAUGUGUCUUACGACACGAACAAGCUGAUUGAAGCAUUUAUGCUUUUAGCUAACCGAUCUGUGGCAAGAAUAAUCUACCAAGGUUUCAAGGCAGCCAGUGUAUUGAGAAGACAUCCUCCACCAAAAAAUGAAAAUCUGAAAGAAUUAAAUGAUUAUCUAGAAUCCAUAAAUAUUCACGAUUUUAAAUAUGGCACAUCUAAGGAGCUUUCCUAUUCAAUUAAUAAUAUAAACUUGAAGGAUGACAAAGUGUUAUCCAAUAUAUUAAAAAUAUUAAUCACCAAGUGUAUGAAUGAAGCUGUGUUUAUUUCAGGCUAUAAUGUACACAAUAAUGAAAUGCUGAGGCACUACGGAUUGGCUGCAGAUAUUUAUACCUUCUUCACAUCACCCAUUAGGAGGUAUGCAGAUAUAAUGGUUCAUCGAGUUCUUAAUCACAUUUAUGGGAUUGAAAUUUUGGACAGCAAAUACAUGGACGUUAUUUACCUGAACAAGCAAGUAACCCUACUAAAUGAAAAGUACAGAAAUGCUAGAUUUGCGGCAAGAGCAUCGGUUGAAUUUUUUUCUUACCUUUAUAUUAAAAAAGUGGGUAACCAAAUUACCAAUGCUGUGAUUACAAAUUUGAAGAAAAACGGAGUACAGAUAUUUCUGCCGUGCUACUCCGUGGAGGGCAUUUGCUAUUUGAAGAGGAAGGAUGGGUUCGUUUUCGAUGAGAAGCGCAAGCGCUUUCAAAAGCUCGGCGAAAAUAAUGAGGUGCUUUUCUCCCUCAGCUUCUACGACAAUAUCCAGGUCCACGUGCAGGUGGACAGCGGCGAUAUCAAGUGUCAGAAUAACUUUGUUUUUAUAAAGAAGCUGUGA